UAACGCCACAGAGCAGGUUGUUCACACACACAGAGGAGAGGACAGACAUGGGGAAGACAGGUGGAAGAGGCGACUUUGAAUGGGUCUACAAUGACCAGCCGCACACGUCGAGGAGGAAAGAAAUACUUGCCAAGUAUCCAGAGAUCAAGUCACUGAUGGGUCCAGAUCCACAGUUGAAGUGGGUGGUAUCAGGUAUGGUCCUGACCCAGCUCCUGGCUUGCUACCUGGUCCGUGACCUCUCCUGGAAGUGGAUCUUCUUCUGGGCCUAUGCCUUUGGUGGCUGCAUCAACCAUUCUUUGACCCUGGCUAUCCAUGACAUCUCUCACAACGUGGCAUUUGGCAACAAGCUGGCAAAGUGGAACCGCUGGUUUGCCAUGUGGGCCAACCUACCCAUCGGGGUGCCUUACUCCGCUUCCUUCAAGAAGUAUCACAUCGAUCACCAUCGGUAUCUGGGAGGGGACAAGCUGGAUGUCGACAUCCCGACUGACUUUGAGGGAUGGUUCUUCUGCACCCCGGCCAGGAAGGUGCUCUGGCUCUUCCUCCAGCCCUUUUUCUACGCCCUGCGCCCAUUGGUGGUCAAUCCUAAACCAGUGUGUACGCUGGAGGUCCAGAAUGCAGUGGUUCAGCUCACAGUAGACUUAAUUAUCUUCUAUCUUUGGGGGCUGAAGCCCAUUGUUUACCUCAUUGCUGGGUCUGUCCUGUGCAUGGGACUGCAUCCUAUUUCUGGACAUUUCAUCGCUGAGCAUUACAUGUUUCUAAAAGGACAUGAGACAUAUUCCUAUUAUGGACCACUGAACUUGAUCACAUUCAACGUUGGAUAUCACAUGGAGCACCAUGACUUCCCAAGCAUACCUGGCAGUAAACUACCUCAGGUCAAGCAAAUUGCAGCUGAGUAUUAUGACACCUUGCCUCAACACACUUCCUGGACCCGGGUAUUAUGGGACUUUGUGUUUGAUGACAGCAUCGGCCCCUAUGCCAGAAUUAAACGAGAGUACAAGCUCAGCAAGCAGGGGUAGAUCUGUGACUGAUUACAUCCUCUUUACACAGGAAUGUGAAUUUCACUUGGAUCACUAUGGAAUGUCAUUAUAGUUUCUGGUUUAAAUGUUUAGUCCACAGUGGUCAUCUUCAAUCAAUUCUAGACCCGGAGUUAACAGAUGGGAAAUCAAUGUGCACAUUUCAGAUGCAUAAAUAUACACAGAGUUCACUUAAAUGGGAAGAAAAUCCAGAUUUUCUUAUCUCAUUAUUUAUUUGGGGUUCUUAUUGAACUGGCCUGUCACUGCAAUACAAAGGCACCUUUUUUUGCACAAAAAAAAAAAAAAAAAAAGAUAAUAGAAUACUGUGUCAUCUGCAGUUUGAGACAAUAAAUUGUAUUGAACAGAAAAUUUCCUCAUGGUAAAGGUCGAAAAUGUUCUCAUGGGUUUCAUCACUGCUUCUGUGAAACUUCCUCCUUUAGCCCAUGCAUGUUGUUAAGCCUUUUUAAGAAUUUUUGAAUACGACAAAGGUGCACAAAGCCUCUCAGAUUACCUAAUAUAAUUUCACAUCUAUCACACAGAACAGUGCUGAAGUGGAAAAUGAGCAUUGAAACUUACCUUUUAGUAAGAGGAGCCUUUUUUUCCGUGACGCCCUUUUUGCUUUUAUGCAGCUUCUUCUUGCUGUGAAGUGUUUAAAUCACUUGAUUACAUAAAUAAAUAUACAAGGGGUGGACAUAACAACAAAAACACAAUAUCCCUCAAAAGGGUCUUACCCCUUUUUGACUCCGUUUCCUACUAUCUGAUUUUCCUUUGUCACAAUUUCAAGAAAUAGUUACAAUUUCCCCUGUGUGCCAGGUUCAACGCCACAUAGGUGGAAAAUAAAAAUAUGAAUACUUGACAUUUUUAUGUUGUGAGUAUUUAAAGCAAUGCUAGAAAGCACAAAAUGGCAUAUUUGUUUCUGUUGUUUUGUCCACUUGUACAUAGGACUUAAUGUUUUUGCUGUGAUAGCGUCAUUUCUGUUGUUUAUAACCCUUUGGGGUUUGAGCCUGUUUUGGCCAUUAUUGAACACUUUUGAUUUUGCUUUAUAUACCACAUAAAAAUGUUUACCAUA